AUGCAUCGUUCAAGUGAUCUAACUGAUGAACCGAGCCGUUUCAAACAAUUUGCAUGGGAACAAUGGGAGAAUCAACCAUUUGCUGUUCUUUUCCGUCCUGGUACUUAUGGUCUCGAUCGAUAUGUAGUCAAACGUUAUGUUGAACAAGUUUUAGGACAAUCCGAACGAUGGAAACAAUUAUCACCUUAUUUUUCAAAUAUAUCACCAUCACCUCGUGCUUAUACAUUAACUUCAUAUGAAGCUGAACUAAUGCAAAAAGUUCUUGAUUUUCAUCUUAAUAAUACAUUACAUAUACGUAUUACAACUGCAAAUGAUCAAUUAAUUGAAUAUGAUGAAUUAAUUGAUUUUAUUCGUCGUGUUCAAGAUUUUGCUCGUUCAAGUUGUAAUCCAUCGAAUAAUAUUCGUCCAGUUCCAGGAAAAAAAACUGCAGUACCAUCUAUACCAAGUAUUCAUUCUUCAUAUGUUUUACCACCAUCAGCAAAAUCCAUGAUGCCAUCUUUACCUCAACCAACAAUAAAUAAAACAAGUCCAAUAAAGCCAAUACUUUCGAAACCUCCUGCUCCUCCAAUUGCUCCUAUACCACCGGCACAAUCGAACAAAACUUCUAACUCAACAACAACAACAACAAUAAUGAAUGGGCAUAAUACACAACCAUCAUCAAUUGAUGUAUCUACUCGUUUACCAUCUAACGUUCAAAUCAAACCUAAUCUUAUAUCACCACCAAGUAUUUAUUUUAGAAUUAAAAUACUUUCAAUUUUUAACUAUUUGUUUUUUUUUU